CUAUUUCAACCCCUUACAACAAAAAUGGCGGUAGUAGUGAUUUAGGGGUAAAUGUUAAAAUGAGGAUUGUAUCAUAUUACUAAACACACUUGGGCAAUACUAUAAAACAACUAGCAUGAAUUUUUCUCCAUUUGGUGGUCACUUUCCUACCUCCAUACCUACGAUCCAUCAGUUCGCUGCGAAGUUUACUCAUGACAGUACACCGAGUGCAUUGUGCCCCACUCAAGAUACGGGCACGAACAGAUACACUGCCAAUGGAGUUCCUUCAUUUACACAACAUCAUCCUCCGUCACAACAGCAACAUCUUAUCAACAGCACAAAAUACCAAGGCGGAGGUUAUCUACAUCAAAAUUCCGGAUACGGUCACCAAGUUAAUGUACGGCAAGACAAAAGACAAGGAUAUGAUCAGCAAGAAUUGGCCCAGGAGUUGUAUGCCGUAAUGUUACAACAAAGUCAGCAGACGAUUACAAACCAACAUCAAAAUAAACAAAGCAGUGAGAAGAUUAAACAAGAAAGACACCAAGAAGAGAGUAGGGUUCAACAGUCGCAACAACAAAACCACCAGCCUCAUCAGCCGCAAACAAGCCAGCAGCAGACGCAGACUAAUCAGACCGAACAGAGUGUCAAUACUUCCUCCGCAAUGCCGACAACAUGGCAAUCAUUAGCUACACCCGGUUCAACAGUUGCGGACUACUUAUCGCAUCUUCCAGCAUCUACUUUACCUCUCAGCCUGCAUCACUUUCUGAAAUACUCGGCAGAAAGCAUAAAAAAGGACGUUACUCAACAGCAAUUAAGUGUUCAAAGUGCAGAGAACUUAUUACACGUAAACGUUAGUGGUAACGCAUUAGCUGCCAAUGGGUUAAAUACCGGAAGCUUAAAUACAAACUCGUUAACGACAAAUCCCAACAUGCUGACAGCAAACGCACUGACAACAUUGAAUACACUCACCACAAUCAAUACGGCACAAAUUCAAAACGGUACCUCCGUGAAAAAGAAGAAAAAAAAGAAACCCGAAAAAGAAAAGAAACCGAGACCCAAACCGGGGGAGAUUCGUCUAACGACAGCCUUAGACGGUUCGACCUUAUACUGCUGUCCCGAAUGUCACAUGGCCUACCCCGAAAAGGAACUGCUAGAACAGCACCUGGUCGGGCACACCUUGGAACGUCGAUUCGUCUGCGACAUUUGCGGCGCCGGACUGAAACGUAAAGAUCACCUUACCAGACACAAACAGUCGCACAAUCCCGAAAGGCCGUACGUCUGCACCGUGUGCCUGAAGGCUUUCAAACGUAAGGAGCAGCUCACCUUGCACUUCGUCAUACACUCCGGCGAGAAGCGGCACAUCUGUACGGAAUGCGGGAAGGGGUUUUAUAGGAAGGAUCACUUGAGAAAACAUACCAGAUCGCACAUAGCGAGGCGAGUUAAGGCGGAACUAUCGCAGCAGAGCGGCACGUCGCAAAGUUUGCAGGUGCAGGUGGCGGCGUCAGUUUCCACUUCGGCUAGUACGGCAACGCAAGCCAUUAUGUCAUGAAAUUAAAGAUGCAGCUCCAUGGAAUCUUCGCUGAUGGAGGAGAUAAUAUUGCCUUCAACAAGUUUCAAUUCGAUAAUAUAAACUGUUCGCAGAGAAAAGUCUGUAAGAUACCUAUAUAUUUAUUAUGUAAUUUAAGUGUUUAGAAAACACUUUAAAAUAAGUUUUCCUAAUAAGUCUACUCAUUAUAUACUCCUGUACUUAAGCUAGUUCAGUAUUUGAACGCGGAAAAAAGUGGCAAUAAUUUUUAUAUUUUAAUAUCUACUGAAAAUGUGGUAGUCGUGUUGCCGUUCAUUGUUUUUUAUUUUUAUGUUUUUGAAUUUUGUUACCAUAACUAAUUAUUAUAUCUUUGUUUGUUAGUCACACACAUGGUAUUAGCUAUAUAGAUACUUAUUCCAGAAUAUUUAUUUGAUAGUUUGUAAAGUGUAGGUUGUGAGGUGAUUGACAUCGACGCAUUUAUCUAGUCAUUAAGUGCUCAAUGUUACAAUCUUUUAAGCUUAAAGCUCUGUACUUUUUAUUUGCUUUCUUAUAGUACAAAUUAGUUAAGUUUUCUUGUUUUGUCGUUUUAUUUUUGUGAGUUUAGGUGUUACAAUUCAAAUAUGAAGAUCGUGAUCAGAUAAUUCGUAUUUGUUUUAUUCUCUUGCCACGUAUCUAUUGGCAUGUGAAGUAUGUACAUAUACGUAAAGUUUAAUCUGAUACUGCCAUGUUGGCCAUUUGCGCAUGGGCGAAGUGCAGCUGACUCUUGAUCAUGUCUCACCAAUCACAGGCACCCUAGAAUCGAGAAUCAUUUGUUAGUGCCCAUGAAAAUAUUUAUUUGAAUAAUCAUGGUAAUAUGAAAAAUAUAAAAGAGGCUGUGGGUGUGCACAUUAUAAAUGUUUCCUUAGAUAUUAUACGAGACGUUAUAUUUUCCAAAAAAAGAUUGUCUAAGUAAACUUCAAAAGUAUUGAUGUAAGUAUAAUUUUUUUCUAGUCCUUAUAGUACCUUAAGUCAUAAUAAUUCUAGUACGCAACAGUAACAAAACAAUAAUGUUCAUAGUACAAACAAAACGCCAUAUUAAUCGAAUACCUUCAGUGAUUGUAUUAAUCAUAAGUAUCUUUUAAAAGGUAGAAUAGACCGAGAAAAAUCAUCAGAAAUCUGUUAACGUAAUAGAGCAAGCAGACAAUCUAAUUUUUAUAUUAUCAGACUUCAAAAUAUAAUCCGUACCUAUGUACCAUCUCUAAAUUUCUCUUCUGAUGAUUUUCUUCUCUUGCUUGUAGUAAAUGAGCUUCCUAUGUAUUUGCUUUAUGUACCUAUAAUAAAGUAUGAAACAAA